GUUCUUGCAGUACUACGACCCAUGAACCUAAACACGCAAAUUUAAAACCACAAAUUUCAUUCUUCCUUUUACAGUAUUCUCUAAAUCAAACGCAUGCAACUCCACCGCAAGACAAAGACGCAGCCGAUCAUGGAGAACACGACGGAGAAUGGGGGGAGGAAAUUAUCAAGCCAUGUAGUACUAGUGGUGUUUGCUUAUCCAAAGCACGGUCAUAUGAGUCCAAUGCUUCAAUUCGCCAAACGAUUAGCUUCUAAAGGCCUUCGAGUAACAUUUCUCACCACUUCCUCUGUAAAUCAAACUCUCCAAAUCAAUCUUAUUCCCUCUUAUCAAAUCGAUCUUCAAUUCAUCUCCGACGUCCGUACAGAAGCCAUUCUAUCUCUGAAAGACAAGCACGAGAGCUUCGAGGCCGUGGUUUCGAAGUCGUUUGGGGAUUUCCUCGACGGAGUCCUAAGAACAGCUGAUAAUUCCGAUUACGACUCUACUCCUCUGAGAUACUUCGUCGUUUUUGACUCUGUUAUGCCUUGGGCGAUGGAUGUGGCGGCAGAGCGAGGGGUGGAUUCGGCGCCGUUUUUCACUGAAUCUUGUGCAGUGAAUCAGAUUCUGAAUCAGGUGUAUGAAGGAUCGCUGUGCCUGAGUAGUGUUCCUCCGUCGGUGGGGGCAGUAUCGAUUCCGUCGCUUCCGGUUCUUGAAGUGGAGGAUCUGCCGUUUUUCCCGUACGAAAGGGAAGUGGUGAUGAAUUUCAUGGUCAGGCAAUUUUCGAGUUUCAAGAAAGCGAAAUGGAUUUUCGUUAACACUUUUGAUCAGCUUGAGAUGAAGGUAGUUAGAUGGAUGGGGAAAAGAUGGCCGAUCAAAACAGUUGGACCAACCAUCCCAUCAGCAUAUUUGGAGGGUGAGUUAGAGGAUGACAAAAGCUAUGGCCUAAAGCACCUCAAAAUGGAAAAUAAUGGUAAGAUUUUGGAAUGGUUAGACACAAAAGAAAAUGGUUCAGUCAUUUACAUUUCAUUUGGAAGCCUUGUUAUCUUGCCACAUAAACAAGUGGAUGAACUAACCAAUUUCCUCAAAAACAUUACUGCUGCUGCUGCUACUGCUACAAAUCUUUCUUUCUUAUGGGUCUUAAGAGAAUCAGAAAUGGAAAAGCUUCCCAACAACUUCAUACAAACCACUUCACAUAAAGGCUUAGUUGUCAAUUGGUGUUGUCAACUUCAAGUUCUCUCCCACAGUGCUGUAGGUUGUUUUGUCACGCACUGUGGUUGGAAUUCGACGAUUGAAGCCCUGAGCUUGGGAGUUCCGAUGGUGGCUGUUCCGCAAUGGAUCGAUCAAACGACGAACGCUAAGUUUGUCGCUGAUGUCUGGGAAGUUGGAGCUAGGGUGAAGAUUGGUAGUGAUAAAGGGAUUGCAACAAAGGAAGAAUUAGAAGCCUCUAUACAAAGUGUUUUUGGAGGAGAUGGGAAGAAUCGGAUCAAGAUUAACUCGAUGAAGUUGAUGAAACUUGCUAAAGAAGCUAUGAAAGAAGGUGGUAGCUCUAAUAAAAACAUUCAACAAUUUGUUGACUCAAUUAUUUAAUUACACUCUUAAGAUUUUGAAAUAAAAUGCCACCAAAUCCAAAACUUGAGAACAAAAAUAAAUAAAUUAACCUAAUUAUCAAAGUGUGAAAAGUAUUUUUCCAUCAUAA